AUGGUGACCCAUGCAGCCUCAUCGGGGUACGGCAUGACGCUGCUGGUUGUUUUUGCCUUCGCAAGCGCGAUACUUCUUACUAUAGCUAUCGGCUAUGGCAUCGGUGCGCACCAAGUUCAACUCACGGCGGAUCAGAUCAUUGCCGCCGUCAAAUGGAGCUGGUUUGACCAAAUCUUGGGAAUCUUCGCGAUUGGCACGGGAAAGUUAGCUAUUGUGGCAUUUCUCCACCAAAUUCAUGGACCAGAACAUCGGGGUCGUCUCAUAUUCUUAUGGACUGUGGGCGUCAGCAACGUCCUCAUUAACUGUGUCACAAUCGGUAUGAUCAUGACUCAGUGUUCACCGCGCCAGAAGCUCUGGGAUGACAGGCUGCCGGGAUCGUGUGAUGGGCGACUCCGAAAUCAAAACACCGCGUACUUUCAAGGAACUCUAUACCCCGUGGUCUUCUUCUGGAACGUGCGGAUCAAUAUUCGCGUGAAGAUUGGCCUUUGUGUCCUGAUGGGCUUGGGCAUCAUAGCAAUUCCGAAGUACUUGCGUGUACUUUCCGAAACGCAAGACGUUACGUACUAUAUCGCGCAACUAAUCGCAUGGCACGAAACUGAGAAAUGGGUAGUUCUCAUUGUGGGAUGCAUCCCCCCAACCCGGCCUUUGCUUGUGAUGAUCUUCCAGAACAUCUUUAACACCCACAUGUCAUCAUCCGGGGUUCAAACCGGCAAGGCCACCAAAUCAUUCGAGCUACAAUCAUUUUCCAAUCCAACUAAGCAAUCAGCUCGAUCAAGGCACACGACACCAGGCAUGAGCAUUUUAGAUCGCCAAGACAGCGAAGAAAGUAUUCUUCCAACCGAGGACGGUAUAAUGAAGACUACCAAUAUUAGUCUGCAUUAUGAGAGUGGAUCGGCCUCACGAGAAGGUGGUGAACACGACGGGCAAGUGAUGCCCAACGAAAGGAUAUAA